AUGAUUAGCCGCGACCUGUCGUUGGAACCCUUGAAGCACAUCCGCAAGGUGUUGAUUGCGAACCGAGGCGAGAUUGCAGUAAGAUGUAUCCAUGCGUGCAUUGCGUCUGGCGUGAAGACGGUGGCUAUAUAUACCGAGGCCGACGCAACGUCGCUGCACGUGUCGCUCGCUGAUGAGAGCGUCGCACUUCCCGGGACCAACAGCACGGGAUACCUGCAAAUACCGGACAUUCUCGAUAUCUGUGCUCGGCACAAGGUGGACGCCGUCAUCCCGGGGUAUGGCUUCCUCAGCGAGAAUGAGACGUUUGCCCGGAAGAUCGUGGAUGCCGGCAUGGUGUUCGUCGGGCCCUCGGUGGAAUCGAUCUUGGAAAUGGGCUUGAAACAUCGCGCUCGAGAUCUCGCCGUCGCCGCGAAGGUGCCUGUGGUGCCGGGGACGGAUCUGUUGACCUCCGAGGCAGACGCCCUCGAGGCAGCCAACAGGAUAGGAUUUCCAGUGAUGCUCAAAGCCAGUGCGGGUGGCGGCGGUAUGGGUCUCCAGAUCUGCAAGGGCGAGGCCGAGAUUGCUUCUGCCUUUGCCCAGGUGACCAGUCGAGGCGAAACACUUUUCCACAAUGCGGGUGUCUUCCUGGAAAAGUACUACGCUUCGGCGCAUCACAUCGAAGUCCAAGUCUUCGGCAAUGGCGUUGACGUGGUCCAUUUUGGAGAGCGCGAGUGUAGCGUGCAGAGACGCCACCAAAAGGUCCUGGAAGAGUGUCCGAGCCCGUUCGUCCAGGCUCAUCCCGGCCUCCGGGAGAAGAUCACUCAGUCAGCCGUCGCGUAUGCCGCGGUGUUGAAAUACAAGUCCGCCGGCACGGUGGAGUUCCUGGUCGACGACAUCACUGGAGACUACUUCUUCCUGGAGAUGAAUACUCGCAUCCAGGUCGAGCACCCCAUCACCGAAAUGUGCUAUGGCGUCGACCUGGUGGCUUUGAUGCUCCGACAGGCCGACUUCGAAAAGGGAGGAUAUCCCGGCAUCCCGUCCCCAGAUCUCCUGAAGUACAGGGGCAUCGAGCCACAUGGUGCUGCCAUCGAGGUCCGGGUGUACGCUGAGAAUCCUUACCGCGGAUUUAGCCCGGCCCCAGGACUCCUGCAGGACGUGUCCUGGGCAUCUGAUGAAGGCGUGAGGAUCGACACCUGGGUGAAAACCGGCCAGACCGUCACCCCCUACUACGAUCCUCUGGUCGCAAAGGUCAUCACGCACGCCCCGAACCGGCCGAAAUGCCUGGCCAAAAUGUCUCAAGCUCUCUCCCAGAGCAAGGUCCAAGGUCCGCCGACCAACAUCGACUUUCUCCGGAGCCUCAUCACAUCAAAGCCUUUUGGGCUCGGAAACACGCUCACCAACUUUCUUCCGAAGGCUUUUACCUACAGGCCUUGUGCCAUCGAUGUCAUUACACCGGGGGCCUUUACUACCGUUCAAGACUAUCCAGCGCGACCCGGGAUGGGUCAUGGUGUGCCCCAAUGCGGUCCAAUGGAUAACGUGUCCUUCAGAAUUGCGAAUCUUCUGGUCACUAACAGCCCCGGCGUGGAGGCUCUCGAGAUGACUCUCUCGGGGCCUGAACUGUUGUUCACUGCCCACGCCGUCAUCGCCAUCUGCGGUGCUCCGGUCGAAGUUACGGUGGACGGGGCUCCGGCUGACAUGUGGACAAGACUUUCCGUGAAGGCUGGCCAGAAGGUCAAGGUCGGCGCGAUCAAGGGUGGUGGGUGUCGAGUCUACCUGGCAGUAAAGGGUGGAUUCCCCGAGGUCCCGACGUACCUCGGAUCGAAGAGCACAGCACCAGGCCUGAAGUAUGGCGGAAUCCAGGGUCGUCAAUUGCAACCAAAUGACUUCAUUCUUCUCUCUGCAGAAUCGUGUGCGACGGCCUUGGAGACAGAGAAGUACAGCCUCCCAGCAGAGUGCAUCCCCAGCUACACCAUUCCGGAAGUGUAUGUCAUGCAUGGCCCCCAUGAUUCGGACGACAUCAUGACCCCUGAGGACCGUGAGAUGAUGUACACCACCAAAUGGAGAGUUGGCCACAACUCCAACCGCACAGGCAUCAGACUGGAGGGUCCUAAGCCGAGAUGGGCCAGAUCGAAUGGAGGUGAAGGCGGUAGCCACCCAUCUAACAUCCUUGACUAUGGCUAUCCCUCUCCUGGGGGUCUCAACUGGACAGGCGAUGACCCGGUCGCAUUCACCAUGGACAGCCCCAACCUCGGUGGCCUGAUUUGCUCCACUACCGUCGUGGCGGGGGACCUGUGGCGACUUGGACAGCUCAAACCGGGAGACCACAUGAGCAUGCGCCCGAUCAGUUAUGCACAAGCUCGGGAACUGUCUGGUCGUGUCGAAUCUUACAUCGAGGACUUGGCCAAACUGAUUUCGGGCGCGACCGACGACAAACCGACGCUCGAUCUCUCCUUGGCGGAAGGAGAGGCCGGACCGGCGAUAUUAAAACAGGUUCCGGCCGAGGGUGGUCGACCCGCUGCCACCUAUCGGCAGGGAGGGGACUGUUUUAUCCUCUUGGAGCUGGGAGAACAACAAAUCGACAUUCUGAUCACGGUCCGGAUCCGGCUGAUCACCUCCAAGCUGAUGGAAAUGAAGAUUCCUGGCGUCACUGUCGUCCCGAACGUGACCGCCCUGCUCGUCCAAUUCGACCCGAAGCUGAUCAGCCAAGACAAGCUCCUGGACAUUCUGAGUGGCAUCUACUCCUCCGUCGAGCUCACCAAGUCGACGAAGAUCCGAACUCGUGAGUUCCACCUGCCUGCGGUACUCGACCACCCCGUCCUUCAAGAAGGCAUUGCACAAUACAUGGCCACCACACGGCCCACGGCGGCCUACUUGCCGGACAACGUCGAGUAUUUGAGGCGAAACAACGGUCUCGCAACUCGACGAGAGGCGUUCACUCGCUGCAUCGACACCCCUUUCUUGAUCGUGGCGGUCGGGUUCCUCUGUGGUGCCCCGGAACUCCUGCCGCUGAACCCCAUGAAUCAGCUGCGAGCACAGAAGUAUAACCCGAGCCGGACCUACACGCCUGGAGGAACGAUCGGCAUGGGAGGCUCGCUGUUUUCCAUGUAUCCGGUCGAGCAGCCCGGAGGUUACAUGCUCGUCGGACGCACCGUGGAGGGCUGGGACACGUACGGCACGAAACAGGGCUUUAGCCCGGACAAGCCGUGGAUGUACGAGCCCUUCGACUUGGUCUACUUCCACGAGGUCUCUCUUGAAGAGUAUGGCACGAUCCAUCGCGACUAUUUCGCGGGCAAGUUCCAGUACGACAUUCGCGAGGGGCUAUUCGACGUCGACGCCGUGGUCGCCAGUAUUGAGGCCUCCAAACAAGACCCCGCAUACAUCGCGUUCAAGGACGGCCAGAGGAAGGGCGUGGAGGAGCAACUGGCACUGGAAACGAGACUGUACGCCGAGUGGAAGGCCCAGAAAGAGGCCGAAGCCGCCGAAGAAGCGAUCCGGCUGAAGGAGCUGGUCAGGGAGGAAUUAGAUCCUUCCAUGCAAGUCACGUCCCCCAUGGAUGCGAACGUGUGGAAGGUCUUGGUUGGAGAGGGCGACACCUUGAAGAAAGGCCAGGUGCUGGUCAUCCUGGAGGCGAUGAAGAUGGAAAUCAACGUGUGUGCGCCCGACGCGUUGGACGGCGCCGUGGUGAAAGUUGUGGCCACCAAGCCUGGACAUACUGUGGCCCCUGGCUCAAUGCUGGUCGUGGGAAAGAAAUAG